GACUGGUAACUAUUUGAUAAAUUAAAAGGCUUAAAUCUGAAUUGCUAAGUAAGAACUCAGUAGGUCUCGAGCUUUGUGCAUUUGUGGGCCCCGUUCACGAGUGCACGGCGUCUGCCACGACCCCGGAUUUGGGUUUUGGGGCGUGACAGAUUUUGUGGUAUCAGAGCCUAGAUGGCUCCAAAACAACGUGGACACCCCUCGAAGGGUAGCCAUAUGGAUCAAGGCACGCCUCCAAUCCCAGAAGCUAGUCCCCCCCACCUAAGCUGCUCCGCAGGACAGAGGGGCGAGCAAUCCUCAAGUGGCCAGUUUUGUUCAGGAACUUAUGGCGGAGAUAAGACGCCAAGUAUCUCCUGCCACAAGUGUACCACCUCCAUCCCCGGUGGUCUCAACUCCUGUGGCCCCUGCUCCGGUUUCCCCUGUUCCUAUCUCUUCUGCUCCUGCUGUGCCUAGCUGGAAGAUUUAUACAGAAUUCCAGAAGUUGAUGAUGACCAAGGGAUUCGAUGGUACUGCAGGUUUUGAGCAGGUGGAAUCAUGGAUUACCGAGGUGGAGCGAGGAUUCUACCUGCUGCAUGUUUCCGAUGACCUUAAGGUCAAUGUAGGCACCUACAUGCUUACUGGGAAGGCAUUAACUUGCCAAGUCGGCGAUGAGCAAGCCAAGGCCGACAAAUUUCUGUGGGGCUUAAAUUCUGACAUUUAUUUGGCGGUAAACCAAUUUAAACCCGCCACUUAUCGAGAGGCUACAGACAGAGCCAUAGAUCAGGAGAAGGCUAUGGCUAGAAUCAAGUCCUCAGGCAAGGAUUCUAAAUGGUCAGGAGCCACCAAGACAAUGAGUCAGGCAUCAACGGCCCAACGUGCUCGUCCGGCUCAGCUUACUUGCCAUGCUUGUGGGAAGGUCGGGCACACCCGGGAUCAAUGCCACAUUGCUACUGGGGCUUGCUUUAAAUGUGGCAAGCAGGGACACCGGAUUGCAAAUUGUCCACUGCUAGACCCCAAAGCCCAGAGCCAACAGGCGAGAGUGCAAGUGAUGACUCACAAGGAAGCUGCGGCUACCGACGUAAUCACGGGUACCUUGCCUGUUAACUCUGAUUAUGCGCAUGUUUUAUUUGAUUCGGGAGGGGUGAUGACUACUAGGGAGGUGUGUAGAACUGUGGAUAUUUAUGUUGAUGGUAGACAGUUGAGUGCUAGUUUGUUUGUUUUAGAUAUCUCUGACUUUGAUAUCAUUUUGGGGAUGGAUUGGCUGUCAAAACACUUUGCCUCUAUAGACUAUCAUCGGAAAUGGGCUCAGAAAUAUCUUGUAAAUGGUUGCCAGGGCUUCCUAGUCUCUGUUACUGAUGCUAGUAGUGUGACAUCAAGACUAGAAGACAUACCGGUGGUGCGUGAGUUUCCAGAUGUAUUUCCGAAGGAUUUCCCAGAAUUGAAGGAGUUAAAGGUUGUUCAGCCUCAAAGACGCCUUAAUCCUAAGAUGCAAGAGGUGGUUAAAAAAAGAGGUAAGUUGAAAUCCCGAUGGAGUGGUCCUUUUGUGGUGACUAAGGUUUUCCCUUAUGGAGUUGUUGAAAUUUCCCAUGAUACUAAGGGAAUGUUUAAGGUAAAUGGCCAAAGGUUGAAAAUUUAUGUUGAAGGUGGUAAUUUUCCAGCAUUUAAUUCCACCAUUUUAUUGAAAGACCCUUGAUCAUUUUGCAGUGAUAGUCCAGCUAAUGACUGUAAAGAAGCGCUUAAUGGGAGGCAACCCAUCAAAAAAAAAAAAAAUUUGUUAUUUGACAUUUUUCUGUUUUGCAUUGAGUUAUUUAAUUCUUUUAUUCAUUUUUUUAAGUUUGUUCUUUGACAUUUUCUUUUUAUUCAAUUCUUUUAUUCAUUUUCUUUUUUCUAAUUUUGGCUGGGUUAGCUUUUUAUUACCCUGUUUGCAGUAGUUUAGACAACUAUAACAAGAACUUUUGGCUCUAGAGGAACACACUGCAUGUCUACAACAGGAAGAGCAAGAUAGGGGAGUAUUGUCUUUCUUCUCUUAUUUAUUUUUUUUACAUUGAGGACAAUGUUAAUUUUAAGUUUGGGGGAGGAUAUUUUUUGUUUUCUUGCUUUUGUUGUGGUUUGAAGUGAUAGAAUAUUGGAUGCAUGUGUGUGAGUUUAGGUUCCAGCAUGGUAUGAAUAUAGUCAAAUGAGCCUAUACAUAUUUUUGGUUGCAUAGAUGCUGUAAGUGAGGGAUAUUGUUCUUCUUUGAUGAUUAGGUCAAAAUUUAGUAAUACCUUGAUGAGAGGAGUUGAGGGCUUUGACUUUAUAAUUGUUUUGGUUGGAAAUUAUAUGCAUCUUGUGAGUAGGUGCCAUUGUUUCUGUGAUGACUAUCUUGUCUAAUUAUCCCUGGAAACUACUUAAAAAAAAAAAAGUCAAAUGUUUCGUGGCCUUUGUUACUUGAGUAAGUAUGCUCUUAGGGGUGUUUCUUCACCUAGUGCCCUAAAGCCAACUAGUUUGGGAGUCAUUGGCAAAAAGCUCGUUACAUGGGUAACUUAGAAAGACUAAAGAAUCUUGACAAGAAAAGAAAAGAAAAAAAAAAGAGGAAUAAGCCAGCACACAAAAAAGUUUGAAUUUCUACUCCAAUGUUUCUAAGUGCUUAGUAACUGGGGGUUAGGU